AUGGCUGCAGUACAGACAGAGAAAGUCGACGACUUGCUCGGCCACACAAUCGAUACAAUCUCUGUUGUCAAGCUGCGCCAGAUCUUCAAAACAAUUUGCAAGGUGUGCCCUGAAGCAAAGAAGCAUGCGGAGGAGCUACUCCUUGCAGAUACUAAAGACGCAAAGCCUGGCCCUCGUGUGAACGAGGAUGGACAAGAGGACAAAGAUGCGUUGGCCAAAGAAGAGAGCACCAAACGACCCGUGCCACGCUACGCCUUUUGCGGGAAUUGCGAGAAGGAGUUUGACGUGACAACAAACACAAGCACUAGCUGUCUAUACCAUACUAUGGCAGACGAGCCUGACGAGUGCCUCUAUGAAGAUAAUCCCACGUGUCCUUCGGAUCCUGACUCGAUGGAAGCGCGUGAACAGUACCCUGAGUUCUUCACGUUCAAGUGUUGUGGACGGAAUCGAGAGGAAGAUGAGCCUUGUACUGUUGGAUGGCAUCAAGAGCUAAAUGAGGAGAAGCAACCAUACUGGAAGAGAGCUCGGGUGGGAUAUGGUGCGGCAUAUGUGUGA